UUCGAACGAGGAGGGCUUUUUGGCCUAGCCGAAAACCGGUUUCUCUUUCCACCAGUUUUGAUCGGUAGCCAAGUAAAGGUACGAUUCCGACUAACCAACCAGAGUAAAGUGCCUGCUGAUGUUUUUUGUCGGGUUCGUCUAACGUCGUCAGGUCUUUCUGGCCUUCCGGGUGUAGGAGGAGGCACCACUGCACGCGGUACUCACAGAGCAGGAAGUAGCCCUGGACCUGCUGCGGUCGUUAGUGGAGCUAGUGAAGUGUUUCACGUUGAUCCGGAACGCAUACAAAUAAGGCCAAUGGAUACCUUCUAUGUUACUGUUACUUUUACUCCGUUCAUGAUGCAAACUUAUACGGCCAAUUUUGAGGCUACUAUUGAGAACCUACCCUCAGGCCUUUCUUUAGGAUCACAAAUUGGUCUUCUCAAUGUGCCAGGAAGUGGAUUACCUACUACCCUUUUCCCCGGUCCUGGUGUUAGCCCCAGUGUGACCGGUGCCCCAGGCGCGCAGGCUAGCAUGCUUUCGCGUUCAUCCUACCUUCCGGUGGCAGCAUCUCCUGCCGUAGCCGCAAUUAUGGAUUCCACCGUGUCUACCUCAGGCUCUUUCACAGCUCUCGCAAACGUCACUGGAGGGGGCUACUUAGCCUAUCCUUCACCACUUAGCUUUGAGCUGGUUGGAGAGGGCCAACUUCCACGACUUCGUGUAACGUAUCCAGAGUUGGCUGAUUCAGCUGGCAAUCCCCUAGUGGUGUUCCGACGUGUCCGUAUAAACGACAGGGCAACCAAUGAGUUGGAAGUGGUGAAUGAGGGCAAGCUUGGUAGCAUGGUAAGUAGUAGUUUAUUUACAUCUGUGGUGGAACUUGCACAUACAUACAUAAAUGCAAUAAUGCAUAUAUAUAUAUAUAUAUAUUGA